AAAUGGCAGAGGAUGCUCCCCUGUUCCCUUUCCUCCUACACAGUUCACUCAUUUCAUUCAUGACAGUAAUGAUAGGGUACAGACUGCAGCAGCUGUCACCUUUAACCUUCAAAUCGCUCACUAUACUGCACAGCUAUUUACUGUUUUCUCCUGUAAUGCUUUAAGUGUGUGUGUGUGUGUGUGUGUGUGUGUGUGUGUGUGUGUGUGUGUGUGCGCGUGUUUCUGUGUGUGUGUGCGUGUGUCUGUGCGUGUUUCUGUGUGUGUGUGUGUUUCUGUGUGUGUGUGUGUGUGUGUGUGUGUGUGUGUGUGCGUGUUUCUGUGCACGUGUUUCUGUGUCUGUGCGUGUUUCUGUGUGUGUGUGUGUGUUUCUGUGUGCGUGCGUGCGUUAAUUCCAUCUCUGCUAACACAACUCAAGCACGUCUUUAAUCCGACUGGCCGGUUAAAAGGUGCCGCACCUCCUCAGGGGGCUGCAGAGCAAAUCUCGCCUCUGCAGGAUCCAUCCCCUAUUUGCACAUCAGCUACGCAACAAGGCUCCUUUCACCACAUAUAUUUUAUUCUGAGGCGCAGUGUCGGCGUCUCAGAGGAAGAGAAACCAUCACCAGCGGCAACCAUGAACGGCACCGAGGGGCCCAACUUCUAUGUGCCCAUGUCCAACAGGAGCGGGGCGGUUCUCAGCCCGUUUGAGUACCCGCAGUACUACCUGGCUGAGCCCUGGAAGUACUCCCUGCUUGCCGCAUACAUGCUGUUCCUCAUCAUUACGGCCUUCCCCAUCAACUUCCUCACCCUUUAUGUCACCGUCAAGCAUAAAAAGCUGAGAACCCCUCUGAACUACGUCCUGCUCAACCUGGCGGUGGCCGACCUCUUCAUGGUGGUGGGAGGAUUCACAGUCACUCUUUACACAGCGCUGCACGGAUACUUCAGCCUCGGGGUCACUGGCUGCAACAUAGAAGGAUUCUUUGCUACCUUAGGAGGAGAAAUCGCUCUCUGGUCUCUGGUGGUUCUGGCUGUCGAGCGCUACGUCGUGGUCUGUAAACCCAUGAGCAGCUUCCGCUUCGAGGACAAACAUGCCAUCGCAGGGCUGGCGUUCACAUGGAUCAUGGCCUUGACCUGCGCCAUGCCUCCUCUGUGUGGAUGGUCCCGAUACAUCCCAGAGGGAAUGCAGUGUUCCUGUGGGAUUGACUACUACACUCCCAAGCCCGAGAUCAACAACACCUCAUUUGUCAUCUAUAUGUUUAUCCUCCACUUCUCAAUCCCCCUCUUCAUCAUUUUCUUCUGCUACAGUCGCCUGCUCUGCACAGUGCGAGCGGCUGCAGCCCAGCAGCAGGAGUCAGAGACCACGCAGCGAGCGGAGAAGGAGGUGACGCGCAUGGUCAUCGUCAUGGUGAUCUCCUUCCUGGUGUGCUGGGUGCCCUACGCCAGCGUGGCCUGGUACAUCUUCGCCAACCAGGGCGCCGAGUUUGGCCCAGUCUUCAUGACCGCUCCCGCCUUCUUCGCCAAGAGCGCCGCGCUGUACAACCCGGUCAUCUACAUCCUGCUCAACAGACAGGUGAGUGAAGUAUGUGAGAUGCUGGGGUGUCUGUCCCCACCCUCAGGUUUAUGCUGCAAAGCUGUGACAAAGCCUGCUAAACUGCUAAACUGUAUGAAAUAUGCAUCAGUAUCAAUGAUCCACAAAAAUGAAAUACAUCAGACACAGCAGACAGUAUUUUACAUUUUCCUUGUAAUAGAGCAUUUUUAUGCUGUGAAAAGACUCCAGGUUUCAUGUAUUAGUGCUUCCACUUCAUUAAAGGAGCUGAAUGCUUCUUCAUCCUCUGACUAAAGAGGGGGAUGUGAUUGUAAUGUUCUUUUUUGUGGCCUCCAGUUUAGAAACUGCAUGAUCACCACAGUGUGUUGUGGAAAGAAUCCAUUUGAGGACGAUGAGGCUGCUCUGUCCAAAACCCAAAUGUCAUCUGUCUCUACAAGCCAGGUGGCCCCUGCUUGACCAGCUCGUCCUCUUUAAUGGCCAUCUGUCCCCACACACCUAGUUUUUUCUCCCUAUUUCUUUUGAUGUUACCAAUGUUGAGGUGGUUAGUUGUUUUUUUUUAACAUAAACAGAUGGACUAGAAAAGAUCCUCUGUGGGGAGAAAUCCCCUGCAAGACACUAUGUGUGUGGUGGAUGUUAAUGUGCUGGAGUGGACGUCAUUAUGUCAGUGUGUACAUGCAUUUAUUUAUUGUGUGAAGACUUGUGGAAGCUGCUCUAUGUCCUGCAAUAAAAAAAAAGUCUGCACAACUUUCCCCUUAUUGGCUUUUUCCUGAGAACAUUUACAAGGCUUUCUGAGAAUUUCCAGAUGCUGUUUGGUGGGUUUUUGGGUGUCAGGCCAAAUGUUAAUGCUUUUCAAAUGUUCCAAUUCACUGUGUGGUAAUGCAUUUGGAAAUGAAGCUCUUUGAAAAGCAGCACAAUAAACAUCGUCAUUAUCGUCA